CAAUGGCUGAGGCAGCUGGACUGGUGCUCGGUGCUAUACCCCUUGUCUUCUUGGCUCUCGACAAAUAUCAGGACUGUCUAGAGUUCGGCCGAUCCUACGCGAAAUACAACGACACGCUCACGAGCAUAAGAGAUGAAAUCUCUCUUCAACAAAUGCUGUUCCAUGGUACAAUGGAAAUGAUGGGUUUGUCCCGACCAACCUACGUGGAGCUUGAGGAUUGCCUUCGAAUCCGGUUCCCUGAGAAUCACAUACAAUUCAUGAGAUACAUCAGGAAGAUGGCAGCUACCAUCGAUCGACUGAUGGCCAGACUCGAGAUAGAUACGAACAGCAAGCAAUCAGAAAGAACAUCGUCUCGAGUAGGAUGGGAAUGGCGGCGGGUGAAGAGAAGUCUUUCGACUAAAGAGCGCAAGAAGAUGUUUGACGAGCUGCAGCACUCGAACAAUGUUCUUCGCACACUAUUGUCAAAGCCCGAGGUGCCUCUGGAGGAUUGGACUCCAAUGGUUCAAACCUUCGUCGCUCGUUACAACCAGACCGAUUGCGAUGCUGUACGCUACCAGGCAUGUGAAGUGAAAAAAGCGCUGGAUGCAUGCUGGCAAUGUUCAUGUUCGCAUCGAACAUCGCUAGACCUCAACUGGCACACCAACAGGCCGACAAGAUCGCCUGUGUUCAUUGUGUCCUUGUCUUACAAUAUGACGAACAACACGAAUUCAACAGGAAGCGCGCAGUGGCGGAAAACGCAAGUCAAGGUCGAUGGAACUGGUAUAAGCAGUGGCACACGAAAGGAUGAGCAGGUUCUAGGUCCAUCAAUGGCAGACACCCUCGCUGUGAGCUCUUCACAGUCGUCAAUCAUGAUACAACAACAACGAAGCCUGUGGUCUCAUCUGCGGCCGAGAAGUCGAUCCACGAGCCCGCUUCCUCCUUCGCCCAGCGGCGCUGCGACUAUCGCGCUAGCUGAUACUGGGAGAGAGAUCGACUCGCUGUGCCGAUUCAUUCAAGGACUGGACAAUGGUGGCGAGCCUCUUGGUUUUCUGCCUAUUCCAGGAGGGACAAAACGUGUUCAUCUCGAAUCAAUCCCUGGACUUCACAUUACAGAAGAAGCGACUUUGGUGCAUCUCCUUCCACCGAACAAGCCCCCGACACAUCUAAAGCUGAGCCGACGAAAGCGCUUGGAGAUAGCCGUAGCCGCUGCAUGGACGACAUUACUGCUAUGCGAUACACCAUGGCUGAACCGUACGUGGGAUAAGCAUGGGCUCUGUUUCUUCUCGGAGAAUGUCUCGACUGCUGGACUACCUCUCGCAGGGCGAUGUGUUUCGAUGAUGCAGGGCUGCGCUCUGGGUUCACACCCGGCAACAAGCGCCGGUGCCAUUCUACAGAACAAGAUCAUACGCAAUGAGGCCAUCUUUGCUCUGGGAGUUCUACUGAUCGAGCUGGGUCUGAAUCGAUCUUUCGAGGAGUGCAAGAGAACGAAGAACAUUGGCACCACUGCCACGAACGUUGUCGACGACUAUGACGUCGCAGACAGUCUUAUAGAGGAUGUUUUCGAUGAAGUCGGAGAACCAUACGGUAAUGCCGUCCAAAGGUGCAUCAGAUUUGCUUUCCCGGGACGAGAUACGACCAAGAAUUUCAGUCACGCAACCUUCCGGCAAUACUUCCAUAACCUGGUCGUCGCUCCCAUCGAGGCCACUCUGUCGACCGUCCCACUC